UGUCACGUGACAGGGCCCUAGCCCCGCCCCCCCCCCGUGGCGUGAUUGACAAGAGGACGAUGUCUGCCGCUGCAGCUGCGGUGGCAAUAGCGGCGGCGGGAGCGUGUCUCCUCGUGCUGGCGAAUGCGGGAGGCGAAAUUGUCGAAUUGACGUCAACGUUACAUGAUCUGAGACAACAAGAACCCUGGCUUGUGAAUUUUUACGCACCAUGGUGCAGCCAUUGCAAAAAGCUGGACCCUGUUUGGAGGGACGUAGCAUUGGGCUUACACGAGGCAGGCUCGCCUGUGCGAGUCGGAAAGAUGGACGCCAUCAAGCAUUCAUCCUUGGCUUCAGAGUUUGGAGCAAGAGGAUUCCCAAGCAUCAAACUGAUAAAGGGUGACUUGGCCUAUAACUACAGAGGGCCACACAGCAAAGAGAAGAUUAUAGAAUUUGCCAACAGAGUGUCUGGGCCAACUGUGCUUUCCCUGUCUAGCCCUGAAGCAUUUGAGAAAGCACAGAAGGCCCACGACACGUGUUUUGUAUAUGUGGGUGGAGAGUCUCCAUUGAAGGAGAAAUACCUUGAAGUUGCCACCGAAUUGAUCGUCUACACAUACUUCUAUUCUGCAACCAAGGAAGCACUUCCUGAGGACGUAGUUCUGUACGAGCUGCCGGCUGUUCUUGCAUUCAAGGAUGAAACAUUUUACGUCUUCGAUGAGUUUGAAGACGGAAGCUUGGAGGAGUGGGUGAACAGGGAGAGGUUCCCAGAAUUCCUGUUCAUCGACAGUAUCACUCUGCAUGACCUGGCUGACACAGGAAAAUCAUUGGUCCUUGCAGUCUUGAGUGGAACUAACAUUAAACAUGACAACAGGCUGAAAUAUAUGGUGGAAGAAGUGUCAAAAAAUUACAGGAGGAACUUUCACAAGCAAUUUCAGUUCGGAUACACAGAUGGCAACAUUCACAUCAAUGACCUGAUCAUGAGCGUGGUGGACGUCCCAAGCGUGAUUCUUGUGAACACCUCGUCCCAGCAGUUCUUUUUGCCCGAGGGUGACCUCCGCUCCGCCAAGGACCUCUUCACCUUCAUCACUAGCAACCUGGCUGGGAAACUGGAGGUCAGACCUCUGGUGGAAGCGUCUCUCCUAGCACUAAACCAAGAUAAAGCUCACGGAGGGAACAGUCCCUACUUUCGAAUGAAGAGGCUGCUCUACGACGCUUCCACGGUGAUAUCGGCUGUGUUCCAGCAGUCUGUGCUGCUUGGCCUCUUCCUGUACGGCACGCCCGUGGUGGUCUUCACCCUCAUCUGCUACAGCCGCUUGUGGGUCCGUGGCCACCCUCUUCCUCGACCGGCAUCGUCGCGUGACAGACAGGUGGCUGGCGACGGCGACGGGGAUGAUGGUGAUGGCACCGUGGUGAUGGCGGGGAACGCGUGGAAGAGUGCCCGGGGUGGCGGGGACGGGCUGCGUCUCAGAAAGACGGGUGGUGUUGAUGGCGACGGUGACGAGGUGGCGGCUUUGAAGCAGCAUCUCGCAUGCGAACCGAGCGGCACGGGAGAACAAGAUGCCACAUUCACGGAUGAGGAAGAAGUGGACGAGGACAUGGAUGAUGACGACGAUGACGACGACGACGAGAGCUAUACUGGAUCUGACGACGAUGACGACGAGGAUGAAGAUGACGGCUAUGAUGAUGGUGGCAAUGUGGGCUGCGAGGAGGAUAAGGACAGGAAUGUGCACAGGUUGGUGCUUCAGGGGCCACCGAGGCCUCUGGUUGAAACAGCAGUCAUCAUGCAUGAAAACGAGAGUAAUGUUGACUAGCGGGACUUCGCAACUGUUGUGCUCUCCAGGCGUUUUAAUUUAUGGAGGUGAAAAUGUGUGCUCGUUUGUCAUAGCAUGCUAGCGCGUCAACAACAUGCUGUUCAUCCAGGUGAAAUGCAUGCGGGUUUUUUUGUUAAACUCAUUUUUUAGAGGUUGGUGGACGCUUUGCAUGCAGUUGUUGCAAUUAAAUAACGUAACGGUGGUUUAUAAACUGUUAAAUUUACAUGGGUAAAGUUGAGGUCACUCUGGUUUGUUAAUGCCAAUCAAUAUUUGCCUUGUGUAGCACUGCAACAUUACGCUAUAGUGUUAUUUCUAUGAUGACUCAUGUGUUGAAGGCCACAGCUAUGCAUGAUUUUAUAGAAAUGGAAUCUUCAGAGUGCACCCUUAAAUCGACCUGAAAAACAGGUGUUUAGAGCUCUGCAUUGCAUUUGAAUUAUGUACUCUAUAUUAUUUAUGCUAUUUAUUGAAAUUAAAUUAAUGCUUUUUAAGCGUAGCUGUUGACUGCUCUGUUUUAGCGUGUUUGUCUUAAAAUUAAUUUAAAUGUUUAAUCUGGGAUGAAACUUUGUUACAUAAUGUAUAUGGCUUAUUCUAUAAACAGACAUGAAUAGAGAUAUUGGCAUGAUCUGUGCAUACUUACAGAGUAAUGUUUAUAACUCAUGAACUAUAUUCCAAUCGCUUGGCAAAAUUACAAUUCUGUAGAUUAUGUAAACACUUGUCCCUUUUCCGUUUUAAUGUGGCAAUCUUAUUAGGCAGCAAUCUACCAUUACCUCAAUGGUGCCACCCAUAAAUAAAAGCAAGCUGUGCUGUGGGCACCAAAAACUCACUCUCGUAAGUCUACCCGGAGCAACGCACAGCUAUAAAUUGCUGGCCAAGAGCUCGUAGCAACUAGUUCUCUCUACUGCAAGCAAAUUUAGAAUAGAUGCACUCCAAUGUUCAGCCCAAUUGUCCCUUGAGGCUGCGCUGUGAAUGUUAUUGCGCAAGUCGCGAAAGUGUCUUUCCGUGUAGGUUUUUGAUGUUGGGAGUUGGAAGGCUUCUGUGGAAAAUAUUACGGCUGGGUUCGAAUUAACGAGCCAGCUCUGCUACUCCAAGCACUUUUUUGUAGCGUCUUAAUAGUGAUUAUAUUCACUCCCCCCCCCCUCUGCGCCACGUUAGAUGUGUUUAUAUUUGCAAGUAUUACAAAAAAUGGCUCUGAAUACUGACCAAUUUUUUGGCACGUCAAACUCUUAGGAAUUUCUCUAUUCAGCAUUCCAGAUGGUAAAAAUAAUUAACCUUCAAAUAAAUGUAAACGUAAUAGAUUGAUUAGAAAGUAAUGCACUGUACUUAUAGUUCAUAUAGGAAUUUUUUGGGGUAGAAACAGCCAAAUGUGACCAUUUGCAUCUUGACCAUUAUUGGUGUCCGUGACAGGGACCUGUUUAGAUGCAUUUUGAAGAUAUAUCAGUCGUAAAAUUGAAUCAAUAACGUAUUUAGACACUGUAACCGAGCAGCCAGCUGUCAUGGCAAGUGUAAAUUGCCUUAUAUUUGUGAAUUAGCAAGCCAGGUCAAGCUAAGCAGAUAUUAGCGUUCAGCUUUAUUUGGGGACCGCAUUAUCAUGAAAAAGUAUAUUUUUCCAUCCUGCAUAAUUGAUGGGACCUGCGUUUAUUUUAUUGAAAUGUAUAUUUAAAAAAUACUCCACUUCAUACACAAUACCCCAACAGCACAAUUAAACAUCUGCAGCUCAGGCAGGAGAAAGCUUCCUUCAGGACACCGCUAAUGCCGAUAUCGGACCAGACUCAAAUUAUUUUAAAAGCCAUGGGACUGGAGGUAGUAGUGACUGGGUAGCCGGUCGAGUAUUGUAUAUUAUUUCAACUACUGUCCACUUCCCAAUUUUAUUGUAAUUGUGCUGUUUGUGUCAUAUCACGAUUUUCCACAUCGAUGAGAACAGACCAUAUGUUACAAUUUGGCCUGCGCAAGUUUUCGUGGAAAUCUUGAGGUCGCUUCAAGUGACUUCUUUUAAUUCACACAAUAGGGGUGGACUUUCCCGUAUGCCCUGGUAUGGAUAAAUGUUCUUCGCAUGAAAGUCAAAUCUAUAUUUUAAAAAUACCUAAAAGAUGGUAUUUAGUAAAUUAAUUCGGAUAGGGUACAGAAAGAAACAUGUCUUGGGGUAUUUUCGUGCAGUCAUUAUUACCGGGACGAGCCCUUCGGCUGGGCUACAGUUAAUAAUCCGGUUUAAUCACAAGUGCCAGUGUGAAUUUUAAUCCAGGACCUCAUUAAGUGCGAGCUGAGCUCUUGUACCCCUGAGCCUCCCCGUCUACCUUCUCCAUUUAACGAUAUUGAGUGUUUUUUUCCCACAUAUAGUAAUGUUAUUGGGCAAUCACUGGAGUAGAAAAAUGUAGAUUAAUUUUAAUUAUGUCAUAUGACCGAAUAAAAAAUGUAAUAUUUCCAUUGAAA